UUUUAAGUAGUCUGUGAUUUCCAACACCGGCUUGCACUUCAAAUGUCAAAUUGUCUUUAGUCUAUGGCCGCUUAUUGAUUGGUCGACGAGGAGAUGUAAAAAAUGGCUGCCUUGCCUUCUCCUACUCAGGUGGCAGGGACCCACAGUGCUAUAUAUGAAGCUUAUUACAAUCAGGUGGACCCAAAUGGCAGCGGGGUGAUCCAGGCCCUGGAUGCGGCCAGGUUCCUAAAGAAGUCCCGGCUCAGCGAUGUGAUCCUCAGCAAGAUAUGGGACCUCUCAGAUCCCAAUGGCAAAGGAUAUUUGGAUAAGGCGGGGCUGUUCGUGGCACUGAAGCUGGUCGCGCUGGCGCAGGCCGGCAAGGACAUCAGCAUGAGCAACAUACAGUCCGAGGCGCCGCCUCCAAAACUUGGCGAGCUGCCCAAAGUGCCGCCGGUGAGCGCGGCUCCCCCCGCGCGCCCCGCCGCGCCCUCGCCCGCGCCGCCCGCGCUCAGCGACUGGAGCAUGAAGCCGCACGAGCGCGACAAGUACAGCCAGCUGUUCGACUCGCUGCAGCCCAACAACGGACUCAUCGCCGGCAACAAGGUGAAAGGAGUGCUAAUGGAAUCGAAGCUGCCGCUGGAGACGCUCGGCAAGAUAUGGGACCUCGCCGACCAGGACCGGGACGGGAUGCUCGACAGGCACGAGUUCAUGGUGGCGAUGCACCUGGUGUACAAGGCGCUGGAGAAGCACGCGGUGCCGACCACGCUCCCGCCCGAGCUGCGGCCGCGCGCGCCGCCCUCGCGCCCCGCCUCGCGCCCCGCCUCCCCGCGCCCGCCGCCGCCGCGCCCGCACCCGCCCGCGCACGCGCUCCGCACCCGCACCCGCGCCCGCGCCCGCGCCUGCACCGCAGUCAAACGCCGCGCUGCUCGAGGGACUGUUGGAUCUCUCCAGUGUCCGACACAAACCGCUCCGGCGCCGCUGUCGUCGUCGAUGUCGUCGAUCCCGCCAGUGCCGUCGCUGCCGGCACAGAGCUCGUGGGUGGUGACGCCAGCGGAGAAGGCACAGUAUGACGCGCAGUUCGCGCUCGCAGACCUCGACAGAGAUGGAUACGUGUCCGGUGCGGAGAUCAAGCACGCGUUCCUGGAGUCUGGCCUACCACAGAGCACGCUGGCGCACAUCUGGGCGCUGUGCGACACGCGCGCGCUCGGCAAACUGUCCCGCGCACAGUACGCGCUCGCCAUGUGGCUCGUGGCGCGCGCGCUGCGGGGCACGCCGCCGCCCGCCGCGCUCGCGCCGGACAUGCUGCCGCCGGACGACGAGCAGGUGAGUGUCACAGCUGUCCCGCGCGCAGCACGCGCUCGCCAUGUGGCUCGUGGCGCGCGCGCUGCGGGGCACGCCGCCGCCCGCCGCGCUCGCGCCGGACAUGCUGCCGCCGGACGACGAGCAGGUGAGUGUCACAGCUGUCCCGCGCGCAGCACGCGCUCGCCAUGUGGCUCGUGGCGCGCGCGCUGCGGGCACGCCGCCGCCCGCCGCGCUCGCGCCGGACAUGCUGCCGCCGGACGACGAGCAGGUGAGUGUCACAGCUGUCCCGCGCGCAGCACGCGCUCGCCAUGUGGCUCGUGGCGCGCGCGCUGCGGGCACGCCGCCGCCCGCCGCGCUCGCGCCGGACAUGCUGCCCACGCGCUCGCCAUGUGGCUCGUGGCGCGCGCGCUGCGGGGCACGCCGCCGCCCGCCGCGCUCGCGCCGGACAUGCUGCCGCCGGACGACGAGCAGCACGCGCUCGCCAUGUGGCUCGUGGCGCGCUCGAAGAGAGGAACCCCACCCCACGACGCGCUCGCGCCGGACAUGCUGCCGCCGGACGACGAGCAGCACGCGCUCGCCAUGUGGCUCGUGGCGCGCGCGCUGCGGGGCACGCCGCCGCCCGCCGCGCUCGCGCCGGACAUGCUGCCGCCGGACGACGAGCAGCAGGCGCCGCUGGCGCAGGCGGCGGGCGCGGCUGGUGCGCCGGUGGGGGGCGCGCUGCAGCUGGGCGCGCAGCCCACGCCGGAGAUGGAGGCCAUCGCGCGCGAGGUGGAGGCGCUCGCGCGGGAGCGCCUCGCGCUCGACGCCGACCGCGCCGACAAGCAGCACGCGCUCAACACCGCCGCCGCCGAGGGACACGCGUUGCAGAGUGAACUGGACACGCUGACGGCGACGCUGAAACAGUUGGAGAACCAGAAGGGGGAAGCACAAAAGAGAUUGAACGAUCUCAAAACACAGGUAGAGAAGCUCCGGUCGCAGGUGUCGGCUCAGGAAGCGGCGGCGGCCGAGACGGAAGCGGAAGUGGCCGCCCGCCGCGCCGCCGCGCACACGCUGAAGGAGAAGGAGCGCGCGCUGCAGCAAGAGGUCAGCGAUGCGCACGCGCACGCCGAGGCGCUCACCGCGCAACUGCGCAAGACCGUGCUCGCCGUCAGCCAGGCGAACAUCAAGAUCUCGCACCUCGAGGAGCACCACCGCGUGCUGGAGGAGGCGUGCGCGGCGCUGGCGGGGGGUGCGGCGGGCGCGGCGGGCGCGGAGGCGCUGCUGCAGCUGCAGCCGCUGCACGCGCGCGACCACCUGCAGCGCCUCGUGCGCGGCGCCACGCCCAACGACGCGCUGGAGGACGAGUCGUUCCCGCAGAGCAACGGGUUCGAGGAGUCGGCGCCGGGCGGGUUCGCGUCGGACCCGUUCAAGGACUCGCCGUUCGCGUCCGUGCCGCAGAACGACCCGUUCGCGCCCACCACCAACAACAACAACGCUGUUAAGGACGGCUUCGCGUCGGACCCGUUCGCGUCGGACGCGGACCCGUUCGCGGGCGACGCGUUCGCGCCGCAGGACACCGCCGCCAACACUAAUGAUGACGGCGCGUGGGCGGACCCGUUCGCGGUGCUGCACGCGCCGGCGCGCGACGCCACGCCCACGCCCGCGCUGCCGCCCAAGCGACACAAGACGCCGCCGCCGCGGCCCGCGCCGCCGCGACCCACCCCGCCGCACAAGACCGACCGCGCCAACAUGGACUUCACCGACGACCCCUUCAAGGACUACAGGUACGAGGACCCCUUCAACAUCGAGGACCCGUUCGCGGACGCGGCGGCCGUCCGCGCCGACCCGGCGGCCAGGCCCACCUCCGUCGCCGGCUUCGAGACCGAUGACUUCUUCGCCUCCUCCACCGUCAACGGCAGCUUCACUCUGCCCGAGAAACGCAGCGGCCGAGUGUCCGCGCCGCCGGUCGCCUACGACCCCUUUUCCGGCCGAUCGGAGUUCAACACCGCCAACAACAACGAGACGUGGGCUGCCUGGCCCAACGACAACUGGGCGACAGACUCCGCGUGGACAGAACCCACAAGUCAGAAAGCGGACGCGUGGUCCGCCGCUUCCAAAAACACCAACGUCACCACCAAUGACCGUAAGACCGAAAACUGGGCGAACAAAUCCGACAACUGGGCAAACAAAUCAGAUAAUUGGGCGACCGACUGGUCCAUCGAUCAGAACAAGAACUUGAACGAGACGUGGCCGAACACGCUCCCGGCCAAAAAAGAGAAGUCGCCGAGGCCGGUCAAGUACGCCAAAUCGCUCGUCAACACGAUAGGUGGCAUCGGCCGGAGCAGGCAGAAGGAGAAGAAAGCCAAGGAGGCGAAGGAGGCAAAGGAGUUGCGCGCGUCGGCGGAGGCGCUGCCGUCGGAGGAGACGCAGUGGGCCUGGGCCGCCGCCGAGUCGCGCCGCCUGCAGCGCGCCGCCGAGCAGCAGCGCCGCCGCGAGGACGCCGAGCUGCAGCUCGCGCUCGCCAUCUCACGCCAGGACAAGUGAUACACUGCGCUACUCGCUCUUCAUGUCGUUUAUUAUUGGACAGUGCAAAAUCAACUCUGUGCUUUGCCCGCACGGUUGAAUUUGUUAUUUUCGAUAGUAACCGAAAAUAAUCGAUGUAUCGUAUAAAACAAAUCGCUACAUCGAUAUAUUUUUAACUAUCGGCGUGUUGCGAGGCGCAAAUCACAGAAUUGAUUUUGCAUAGACCAAA